AUGUACCAGCCCACAUCUCUCCCAUCCCUGACCCUGGUUCCCCAGUUCUCUCGUCAACCCUGGGCUAUAAUUGUACGCCCUGUUAUGGUUUUUGAAGGGGAGGAGGAGGAAGAGGAGGAAGUACCUCUGCCAAAGGAAUUGCUGGCAGAAUUCGCCGAAGCUUUUGAUUUCUUUGACAUGAAGAAAACUGGCACCAUUACAACACAGGAGUUGUUUUCUGUCCUCAGGGCUAUGGGACAAAACGCCACUGAGGCCGAACUCAACAGCAUGGUCAACGAAGUGGACGCGGAUGGGAACGGAACUGUGGAACUUGACGAGUUUGAGGAGAUGAUGUUGAACAAAAUAGACGAGGAAGUUGGACCGGAAGUGGACAAAGAAACAUUUGCAAUAUUCGAUGCAGACGGAGAUGGGUUCCUUGGACCGGAAGAGCUUCUGUCCGUAAUGCGCAAGUUCGGUAAAAAUGUGACGGAAGAUGAGGCCAAGACGAUGAUAAGGGAUGCUGAUAAAGAUGGAGACGGCAAAAUGAGCUUUGAAGAAUUUUGCGAAAUGAUCGCUGGAGAUCCUUGACGAAUGUAUGGAUACUGAAAAGAUACCACUACCCUUCUCACCAACUCGUAUUUUUGGGUCUCUGCGGUGUAAAACAUCAAGCGUGAGGUCACUUUGGGUGUCUUUUUUACAAUGCUUCCAACCUAUGACACCAUUUGUGAGUUCCCUUAUGUUCAAUGACGUCACGGGCGAGCCAUGUGAACGUGUAGGAGCUCACGUGCAGAUCGUCAUUAUAAUUACGCUAAUGGAAAUAUAUAGUGUUAGCCGAAUGCCAUCCGAGAACUUGACCUUUAUGAUGUCAUUAAUCCUUAUUGAAGGGGAAACCGACAAAUGUCCAAUGUUUCGGGCUAUAUUUAAACGUGUGUGUUAUCAAUGACAAAAUCUAGAAAAGAUCCAAUCAAGAAAUCUACAGAAAAAAACUUUUUGACAACAUAACGUGUUUUUUUAAUAUUGAAACUUUUUUUUAAAUAUUUUUAUGGUAUUUCUAUUUGAAAGAAUUCAACCUCAUCGCUGUAUAUAGGUAAACUAUGACGUCAUUUUUCGUUAAUAGAAAUGAAUGUGUUGAGCUAUUCUUAUGUGAGAUGUUGAUAUGUGAUGAGAUGUAAGCUGUUCAAUAAAGAAGAUCAUUGUAUAUAACG